AUGAGUGUAGCGGAGCCUUCCGUGGCUAGUCGCAAUGUGAUGCGAGUCCUAAUUCCUUCUCUAAUUAUUGAUAUGUUUGCCUUCACUUGUAUUCUACCACUAUUUCCCAGUAUGCUGAAUUAUUACGCCAAAAGUGAGCAUCGAGACUUUAUGUAUGACCUCUUCAACUCGGCUUUGAAAUCAUUUCAAUCUUUGAUUGGAGUUCCACACAAUGAGAGAUAUAACAAUGUAUUUUUUGGAGGUCUGCUCGGCUCGCUAUUCAGCGCUUUGCAGUUUUUGGCAUCACCAACUCUCGGAGCUCUUUCUGAUGUCUACGGUCGAAGAACGAUGCUGCUAGUUUCUGGCAUCGGAACUAUGAUCUCUUACAUGAUCUGGUUACGCGCAGAGACAUUCACCAUCUUUGUUAUCAGCAGAAUUGUUGGAGGACUCAGUAAAGCCAAUAUAAAUGUGGCCACAGCUAUUGUUACAGAUGUAUAUAGACCUGAAGAUAAUGCAAAAGGAAUGGCUCUUAUCGGCAUCUCCUAUUCAGUCGGAUUCCUGAUUGGACCUAUGUUCGGAGCUUACUUCUCCACUAUUGCGCCAAAGGAUGCAUUCCACACUACUCCUGCAGUAUUUGCCAUAGUUCUUACUUCCAUUCACUUCGUGUUGAUAGCAUUUUUCCUUCCGGAAACUUUACGAUGGGAGGACAGAAAAAUAAACGAAGAUGUUUCAAGCAGAGCUAAACAUCUCGUCGCACCAGUGGAGCUUUUCAAAUUCUCCGUAGUGAAUGCUCCUACAGAAAAGAAACAGACAAUGCAAAAAAUCGGCAUCAUCUAUUUCAUAUAUCUUUUCCUCUAUGCUGGGCUGGAGUUCACGCUUCCUUUCCUCACCCACUUAAGAUUCAAUUUUGACAGCAUGCAACAAGGGCGAAUUUAUCUAUUCACUGGCUUUUUGAUGUUGCCAAUUCAAGGACGAAUUGUUCGACGCACGCCAAUGAUUAAGCAAAAACGUGUAGCUGAGAUUGGAAUUAUGUGUGUGAUUCCGGCUUUUUUGAUUGUCGCUCAAGCUAGCAAUCAGUACAUGCUGUAUUUUGGACUGUUUCUUUAUGCUAUAGCCUCUGCAACCGUAGUAAGCUGCUUAACUUCACUUGUGUCUGCUGUACAUCCCACUACAGACAAAGGUGCUCUAUCAGGAGUAUUUCGCAGCAUCGGUGCCUUGGCCAGGGCUGUCGGACCUAUUGUCGCUUCUAGUCUAUUCUGGCUUAUGGGUCCGACAAGGAGCUACACUCUUGGUGGAAUUCUCCUCCUGAUUCCGCUAAUUCUAUUAAAACGACUUGAAAAUCCAGUGAAAGACGACAAAAAAGCUUUAUAAAACAUUCAUGUGAUGAUUAAUUGUGAUCCUGCCGUAAAU